UACCAAUUACGUAAAAUUAAACUGACAGGAGUAUAACAAAUCCAAUUUAUAAUCGUAUAAUAAACAGUAGGGGUAACUAUUUCGGAUUCAGUUACAUUCUAGUCAGCGUUAAGGUAGGCGAGUGAUGGAAAUCAAAGUUGACGAAUUCUGAUCUUGAAAGAAUAUUUUGUGCAGAGGUUUUUAAAACAAAAUGGUUACAGAAGCGUUUAUAAAAGCCGAAUACCCAUUACAUUGGUGUGUUUGGAAAAACGACUAUAAAAGUUUGGGAGCUCUUCUAUCAUCAAAGCAACACAACAAAGAGAAGUUAGAUGUACGAGGUAGGUCCCCUCUAAUGUUAGCUGUAACAUUAGGCCAUUUGGAAUCGACUAGAACAUUACUACAUCACGAAGCUAAUGUUAAUUGUGAAAAUUUAAAUGGUUGGACAGUGGUACAAGAAGCAGUUGCUACCGGUGAUCCGGAGCUAGUACAGAUUGUUCUUGAAAGUAGGGAUUUUCAGAGGUAUACAAGUAGAAUGGCAGGGAUUCCCGAGCUAUUACAUAGAUUAAAAGAAGCCCCUGAUUUUUAUGUAGAAAUGAAAUGGGAGUUUACCAGUUGGGUCCCUCUGGUGUCUAGGAUGUGUCCUAGUGAUACUUAUAAGGUUUAUAAACAGGGAUCUAGUGUACGGAUUGAUACAACACUUUUAGGAUUUGAUCAUACCAGUUGGCAGAGGGGGAAUAGAAGCUACGUUUUCCAGGGACACAAUGACGGUGCUGUAAUGAUGGAAAUAGACCAUGAUCUUCAACAAGUGUAUUGUGAACAAAUGAAAACAACAGAAGAUUCUUUGAGUAUUUUAAUGCCGAACGAAGAAUCUGUAUCACAACGGUUAACAACUCCUAUAGUUACAACUUAUAUUGAUACAGAAAAAAUCAGUUUUGAAAGGAAUAAGGCUGGUUUAUGGGGCUGGAGAUCAGAUAAGACUGAAGUUGUCAAUGGGUAUGAAUGUAAAGUAUUUAGCGCUUCGAAUGUAGAAUUAGUGACUAAAACUAGAACGGAACAUCUAACAGAGACUGAUAAAGCUCGUAGUAAAAAUAAUAAACAUCCAUUACAGAAUUUUCUGGGUAUAGCAGAAGUUUCUGAAUCUCAGGCUGCCUCUUUACUUCCAAACGAAGAAUACAGUAAUUCUAGUAACCCUUGUAAUAUAACACCUGAAGAGUAUUUCGAUAAAGAUGUAGAUCUAAACGCUCAGGAUAGAGAUAUCGGUCGACCUAAAGAGGUUCAAGUCAAGGUUCAAAAGUUUAAAGCUAAUCUGUGGUUGUGUGAAAAUUAUCCUCUGUCUUUACCGGAACAGAUACUUCCUAUUGUGGAUUUGAUGGCGAUAUCUAGUUCUCAUUUUGCCAAAUUGAAGGAUUUUAUACAGAUGCAAUUGCCUUCUGGGUUUCCUGUUAAAAUUGAAAUACCUCUGUUUCAUAUUUUGAAUGCGAGAAUAACUUUCGGGAACAUAUUCGCCAUGGACGCCGAUGUGCCCCUUGUUACUAAUAUUCAAGAAGAUAAUCGACUGACUUGUGUACUAGACGAUUCUCUGUUCAAAUGUCCUUCCGGAUAUGCUCAAAUUGGUUUAGAUGGAAGACGUCAAUUUAGUAUGGAAGAAGAAGAUGAUUUACUCCAAUUUGCCAUACAACAAAGUUUGAUAGAUGCUGGUACGGAAAGGGAGGAGGUGGAUAUUUGGGAAGCACUUAGAGCUCAGAAACCGUCCAGACCGGAAACGCCCAACUUAGUUGGGGAGGAAGACAGGCAGUUGCAAAGGAAACGUCAAAUUUUAACACCCGAACCAAAAAGUUUAAGACCUAUAAAAGAAAAUUUGAGAAAAAAUUCAUUCUAAUGCUCAAUUUAUCGCUUUAUUUUUCCCCUUCAGUCUCCAUAAGCUCCCAUUUAGUUUUAUAUUUUUUUAUUAUUAUUAAUUUAGUAGCUUUUGCCUUUGUUGCAAUAAAAUCUAGUAACAAGCAUAAUUUUUUCUAAAAAAAUCGAAUUAUAUCAAUUAUUUUAUUUUAUAUUGUAAAUAUGAACAAAUGAUUUAUUUAUCUUACUAAAGCAUUCGACUCUGCUGUAACUAAUAACAAAAUUCCACUCCCUUGAGGAUAUAGGACGAUUCCAGGUGCCAAAGAUCUUCAUCUUUUAUUUAAUACGCUCCUAGGUAUUAUGCGAAGAUACCUUAACCUCUAAAAAUACAGAAUUGCAUCAUCUAGUCCAUAUAAAAUGGAAAAUAUCGAAACUUGCAAUGUAAUUAAAGAUCUUUCUAAAGCAUUUGAUCCUAUUAGUUCCAAAGUUCCAUAGUAUUUAAGUUGUUUAACUUGAUUUGGAGAUGAAAUACGUGGUUAUGGAGGAUAAAAAACUCAUCCACAAUUCUGAACACGUACAGAAACUGGUCCAGGUUGUGCCAGAACAACACCAAAUAGCCUUACAAACUUUUUAUUUACUAUAAACCUGUUAACCUCAUAUCGAGUGGUUGUUUGGGGUGUGAAGAUAUCAUUAGGGUGUUCAAAACGUUCUGCAUGAAUAGUUCUUAAUUUAUCUGGAUUUGUAGAAGAAAUAUACUGCUUGUUGUGUAAAAGAAAGUAAGCAAAAACUGGAGUUUGAAAGGCUUAUUUACCAUCUGGAAUUGGUCCAUCUCCUCGGUCACUUUUUUAUGGUAUACUCCAAUGUACAAUUCUAUGAAGUUUAUUAAUUGUUAUUUUAUUGCACAUGCGUAUAUUGCUAGAUUAUACUUAUAUUGUAGAGCUAUCCAGGCUAGUUUAGAGCUUUAUCAAAAGAACACGACUCCGGGUAGUUUGCUACCAGAAAACAACAGUCCCGAAAUGGAUUCCGAUCUAAAUUUGGCCCUACUCCUGUCCCAACAAGAAGAAGAAAAGAAGAGACAGCGCGAAGAAAAAGAGAGGUUGGAAGAACAAAAAAUAUUGGCGGAUAUUUUGGAAUUGUCGCUUAAAGAAAAAUAAUUUUUUUUUUGAAGGGGUGAUAACAAAAGGCAUUGAACGAAUCAUAUUUUUGUUGUUAUUUUAAAAAAAUAUUCAAACCGAUGGAACGCGUCCUCAAUAAUAUUCAAUUUCAAUACAUAUCUGUAGAUUAUUUUUAUUUUAAUCUGAAAAUAUGUUUGUUUAUUGCUAUUUUUGCAAAUUUUGCACUUUACUAAUUUAUUGAUUUUAUUAAAACAAAUCUAACUUAAAUGAAAAUGUAGCUUGUCCUGCAGGAGAUCUAUUCGAGAAAAAUAUUUGUCCCGAAAGAAUUUCCGGGCAGUAUGUUUAACAAAACUUGCCAGGUUUCUAAUAAAAAUAUUAAUUUUGUGGUAUACUUUGGUCUUUUUUUUGAAAAAAUAAAAAUAAACGACUGAAGAAGAAAAAAAUGUACAUAUAUAUAGAAGUAUCUAAUAUUUCAUAAAAUUUCUGUUUAAAAAAAAUAAUUUUUAUAAAAAAUGUGGUAAAUAUCAAGAUUAGGUUGCAACCCACCGAUUUCAUUGAAAUUUUAGUAUGUUGUUUACACUGGUCAAUAUAGGGCGCGGAAACCAUCCCUUCAGGUACUUCUUUUCGUUAGAAUAAUCAAAUAACUAUAAUAAUUCCAACCCUUUUAAUUCUCAAAAUGAAAAA